CCGGUGUGUAACAAAAAAUUGUGCUCUCUUCCCUUUGAACCACCGUCGUGGUAUUUUGGCUGUGUGCGUACAGCCAACAUUAUUUUGUUUUUUUCGUGUGUGUCGUUUUUUUUUAAUAAUGUAUUAAUUCAACAAGGCGUCGGCCAUUUUCCGGGGACGAGAUCCCCAUCUUAGGAUGAGUACCAUCCGGGACUGGAAAAUAAAAUACAUAUCAAGUAUCAAGAAGUAUUUGAUAUUUAAUAAAACAAAUCUAAAUUUUCAAUUUAAAUUCAAUCCUGUUGAUGAAGAUUGGAAAAAAAAUAAAUGUGAAAGUUUAGGAUUUACGUUCAUAGAACAUAAGGAUUUUAAGUCAGCUCUUUGUCAAAAUUACGAUAUUCAAGAUUUCUAUAAAGUUUUGUCUGACCUAAUAUGUGGAGAUUCAAAAUUUCAAAAAAAACUACAUAAAAAUAUUUGCUUAAGCAUAAAAACAAAUGAUGACAUUAAAAAACUUUUUCCUGAUGAAGAAGUGUUUAAUGAUUAUGUAAAUCAUUAUAUAAUAUUUGAAAAUCCAGUUUCACCAUACAAUAAAGAUGGAACAGUAAAAUGUCCGAUUUGCUUGACAAAAUCCAAAUUACAUGUUCUUUUGAACAAGUGUCUCCACUCUUUUUGUAAAGGUUGUAUUGAUAUACUAGUAUAUAGAAAUGAAAAUAAAUGUCCACUUUGUAGAGCAAAAUUUAGCCAUUACAUUGACGAAGUCGAAGGUAAUAUAAUUAGUACGUAUAGUUUGAUUGAAUAUUAUGCUGCAGCACAUUACCUGGAUGUAUGUAUUUUCUUGUUCACGAGAGAAGGUGAAUGGAUGUUCUUUGACAAAAUCAGGCCUAAUUACUCUGAAGAAUAUAUGGACAACAAAAAGUGUAUUUAUCUCUUCCAACAUAAGCAUGAGAACAUUGGCGUUGUCGUAGAUAUAAACGAGCUAUCUUUGUUUAGAGACUUUAUAAUGUUUUAAAAAUAUUUAAAGAAGAUAAAUGUAUUAUUAAAAUGUCUUUAUUUUAAAUAAUAACAAUAAAUAAUUUGA